CACCUCGGUGUCAAGACCGCCUCCUCCGGGGCCAGCCGGCCAAUCAGAGGACACCCGGAAGUGAUGUCACGGGCACCUUCCCCCAGUGAAGUGGCCGUUCAAAUAAUGUUCUGCUCCUCCGGCGGCUCCUCCAGAGAGCUGCUCUCUCCGGCCCGACUGCCCAGACCGGACUUCCACGUCAUGCCAACACACCUGAGGUCCAGUCCGGUUUUGAGGCAAGACGGCUUGCCUCGUCUUUAGUGGAUCUCGAGGUGCCGUAGACCAGGAGAGGAGGGCAUGCCCCCCGCUCACAAAGAGGAGAAGAAGAAGACAAAUAAGUAGCCUCACAUUCUCCGUAGCUUCAUGUUCGAUCAGGCCGCAAUGGGCGACCGGAACCACCGCUGUGGACCCAAGCCGCUGUGUCCGGAUAGGCUGGACGCCAAGUGCCGGUCCCCGGUGCACAGCUCCUCCGACACCCCGGGGACCUCCUCGUCCACACCGACGUCCUCCAGCGAGGACGGCCACGACAAACUUUUAGGAGUUGACCCCGAGUAUUGCCGGAGGAUCCUGGUGAGAGACGCCAAAGGAACCAUCCGGGAGAUCGUCCUGCCCAAGGGGCUCGACCUGGACCGGCCCAAGCGCACCCGGACGUCCUUCACAGCCGAACAGCUGUACCGCCUGGAACUGGAGUUCCAGCGGUGCCAGUACGUCGUGGGCCGCGAACGAACCGAACUGGCCCGCCAGCUGAACCUGUCUGAGACCCAGGUGAAGGUGUGGUUCCAAAACCGUCGGACCAAGCAGAAGAAGGACACCACCAAGGAUUCCGAUAAGCGCUCCGCCACUUCGUCCGAGUCUUUGGCGACCUGCAACAUCCUGCGUCUGCUGGAGCAGGGCCGCCUCCUGUCAGGGCCGGCCCCGCCCCCGAACACGCUCCUGGGCCCCACGCCGCACCCGGCUAACGGGGCUCUGUUGAGCAGCCCCAGGGGCGGCAGCUCCUCCGUCUCCCCCGGUAUCGGCGGGGGCACUCCCCCCAGCUCCCUCCCGGGGGCCGCGUUCGGGCUGUCGCUGCCCUCGCUGGGUGGCACCCCGGUGUCCCCGCGGCUUGCCGUCCCGCCGCCGCACUCCCUCUGCUUCUCCAUGCCUCUGCUGGGCGGGGCCCAUCACGAACUGACCUCCGCCUACGGCUGCGGGUCCUCGGCCUUUGAGCCGUACCUGAGGAUGGACAGGAAGGAGGCGGAUCUGGGCGGCAAGAAAACGGUUUCCUAAAAUGACUUCCAGGUGACGGCAAGCACGCGUCCGUGGCGGCUGGGUGCCGACCAGAACGUCAUGUGACUGUCAUGUGAUGGAGGGAAAAACCCUUGAUGGCACGUUGACACGCCCGCCAUUGUGUUUUUGUGUGUGUGUGCGUGUGUGUCAGGAACUAAAUAAUGGGAACGCCGCCCAGGACAGCAUCCCGUGUUUAUCAUGCUGUCCCAAUCGGAUGAAAAAAGUCAGCGUAGCUUUGAAAUGUGUUAUUUAAAAAAGUUUGUGGUCCAGCGGUAGUUUGUGUAAAUUCUUGCUUUGCUUGUGUCUGUGUACUAACUUCCUGUGGUAGAACCUGGACCCUUUAGAUCUCCUAGUUUCAGUGACCCCAAGCGGUCCUGGUCCACUUGGUAGCGUGCCAGCUCCUCAUUUGUGGCGUCUUUGCUUUAACGAGCCACACAUGGCAGAAGAAGAGCAUGUCUACUGGGGGUGGAACGCUACGCUAGCCUCGCGCUGCGGUGAGAACCAAAUGGAACCACAACGAAAAUCUUCUCAAUUUAGACAUUCAUUCAUUUUCUACCGCUUAUCCUCACGAGGGUUGCAGGAGUGCUGGAACCUAUCCCAGCUGUCUUGGGGCGAGAGGCGGGGUCCACCCUGGACUGGUGGCCAGCCAAUCCCAGGGCACAUAUAGACAAACAACCAUUCACACUCACAUUCAUACCUAUGGACAAUUUGGAGUGGCCAAUGCAAUGGAGCCUAUCCCAGCUGUCUUGGGGCGAGAGGCGGGGUACACCCUUGCCGCCCCAAUUUAGAUAUUUUCUUGUAAAAUGAUGACUAAAUCUCAUAAGAACACUAAUUUUUCAGUUUUUUUUGCAGUAUUUUCACACCUCCCCACCUGAAGUCACCUUGCAUAGGCUCCAGCACCCCCCGCGACCCUCGUGAGGAAAAGCGGUAGAAAAUGAAUGAAUGAAUGAAUGAAGACUAAUUUUUCAGUUUUUUUGCAGUAUUUUCACCCCCCCCUCACCUGAA